GGGCUCAUACACCGGCAACGGUACCACUACGGAACCAGCAAGUGACAAGGCAGUGUUAUGGCUUUGUCGCUUCUGCAGGACGCUCAAACAGCAAGAGGAUUAGCCGCCGUCCGUACGUUGCAAGGUAUGAACCGUGACGAGGAGCGCAGCCUGUCGGUCUCGCCGCCCCUUACUGGCCAACGCCAGCAGCACCAUCUCGGUAUGAACUUCCAGCACACGCCCUCCCUGUACGGUGGAUUCCACCCAGCCACCGCAUCCGCCAUGGGUAUGCUUGCCCCGCAACUGCUGGCCGCCAACCAGACGGCUGCCGCCGCACUAAUGGCUGCCGGACUUCCAAUGUCCCUGCGAGCAUCGCUCGCUACCGGGCUCUUCCCACCGCAUGCUGCCCUCUUCGGUGCCUGGGCACCACCAACGCCAACCAGCAAUAAUAGCAGUCCUCCACCACCGCAGAGCCCGAUCUCGCCCGCGCUCAGUCACAAGAGUUCCAAGUCGCUCAAGCUGAGUGCCGCCGCCGCCAACAACAACAACAACAACAGCAGUAGCACGAACAACAAUCACAUCGUGUCCACCACCUCAGAGAUUGUGCCACAGACGAAGAAGCUCAUCAAGCGAAAGCAUCAAGCGUCAACGCGUAAGGAAUCAUCCACUGUCCACCAACAUCAUCAUCAUCAUCUGCAUCAUCUAAUGCGAUCGCCGAGCCAUACGCAUCCGCACCAUCUGUCGAUCCCGGUCGAUAUUCCGGUAAGCCCGGGACCAAUCUCACCACCAACGUCCGGCUCUUCGCCACAGUCCAACGGUAGCGUGGAGCUUCCGACCACCAUCACCACCACCACCACCUCCUCGAACAACAUCAACAACUCCUCCUCUUCGACGUCCUGCUCCUCGGUCGCGUCACGUGACCCAUCCCGCGAUAAAGUCUUCACGUGCAAGAUCUGUAGCCGUUCGUUCGGGUACAAGCACGUCCUGCAGAAUCACGAGCGAACGCACACCGGCGAGAAACCGUUCGAGUGUCCCGAGUGUCAUAAGCGCUUUACGCGCGACCAUCACCUCAAGACGCAUAUGCGACUGCAUACGGGCGAGAAGCCGUACUCCUGCACACACUGCGACCGUCAGUUCGUGCAGGUCGCUAACCUGCGCCGCCAUCUGCGGGUGCACACCGGCGAGAAACCGUACGAGUGUGAGAUGUGUGACCAAAAGUUCAGCGACUCGAACCAGCUGAAGGCGCACAUGCUCAGCCACAGCGGUCAGAAACCGUUCCACUGUGAUAGAUGCAACUCGAGCUACCGGCGGCGGCACCAUCUGCUGCACCAUAAGUGUGGCCUGCCGAGCCCACCGACACCAGCCGUAAGUCCUGCCGCCAGUGGCGAUCAUCUGUCCGAUCACGCGAAAUCGGUGUGCGGUGGGUCGGAAUCGAGCGAUCUGUCGUUGGAUGGGCUGUCGAAGAUACCGACCACACCGGGCAUGUUGUUGCACCAGAAGUUCCCCGGGUUAACGCUACCGCUGAACUUUGGUCCACUGCCCACGGAGGUGACGUCGGACGCGGGUUCGGCUGCGAUGGAUCUGCGCGCAUCGAGUAGAUCCCGCACACCGCAACAGAUCGCUCACAUCAAGAGUGAGCUGCCGGAGCAGACCGAGCCGGAAGAUCUUAGUAUGCAUUCGCCCCGCUCGCCUGUCUCCAUGGAGGAGCUGGACGAGCUGGACGAUGCCGCGACACUCUACCUCAAGCAGCGCCAACAGUUGCUCCAACAGCAGCAGCUGCAACACCACGGGAUGGAGCUGUAA